CCACCGAGAGAGGGGCAGUACUGGGGCAGAGGGCCGGGGCAGAUGGUGCUCAGUCUGUGGACGAGGGGCUGAGGAGGAGGGCAGGAGACGAGACACCCAGGGGUGCAGACAGACUCUCCAGGCAUGGGGUGCUGCAGUAUGACCCAGAGGAAUACGGCAGGCAUCGACGAGGUGGGACCAGACGAGAUAGAACUCCUGGAACUCACUGGGGAAUACUCAGGGCUUUGGAACGUUGGAGGACCCCGACUUCAGCUGGUGGAGAGCGGGAAACAUGAGCCCCCACCAUGUGAACUCCCAGUACCCCACCAGGAACAGCAGAUGGUGUUGUGGGGGAGGACCCGAGACGACUUACACCACAGAAUAUAUUCCCAUCAGCCAAUCAAGGACUGGGAGGGCCAGCCGGCGCACACAUACGGAGAGAUCGCCUACUCGUCUUUGGUGACACUGUAUGACACUUGCACACAGGAGAGGAGCGAACACUUCCUGGUGUUGUUCUCGUUUCACUUGUUGAUCCUGUCAGUGGAUCACUUCCAACGGGACUUCGUCUAUGAGGGAAUCCUUCCACUAUCUGGCCUGACCUUCCGACCUCUCUCCUGGGAUUCUGACACCUCACACUCAUUGGAUGGCUUUGAAGUCAGCAGUCCGAUGGUUGACUCCAAGGUGUUCAUCUGCCCCAGCGCUGUGGAGGUAGGAACCUGGAUGGACCACCUAGAGUCCACGCCAAGACCUCUCCCCCCCGCCCAGGGCCCGCUGUCCUACCUGUUGCCCUGUGAUGAGCAUUGGAAAAGAGAGAAGUUGAAGAAGUUCUUACUGCAAACGGUGAUCCGCGGCUGGGAGGGAAGCCCCAUCCAACGCAUGGGGGAGCCAGCGUUCAUAUCCAUCGUCCGCAUCAUGAACACACACAGACAGGGCGUCGCUGAGAGGCUUAUGGUUCUCUACCCACAAGACGUGCUGCUACUGUCGGUGGACAACAACAGGAUCUCCAUUACAUAUGAGGGUAGGGUGGCCAGACGAACCGUCCAAGUGGUGGAUCGCUCCGUCAUCACCGGGCGCCUGGAGUUUGAGUUGAGAGGGGACCUGGUGGAGCCGUUGCAGGUGUCGUGCACGUGUCUCCAGGACCUCAACACCUGGCUCUUCCACCUAAAACCGCCAAAGAAGGCCAGCCCAGAGUGGGGGACACACCACUACAAGGGCCCUCUUCCAUCGCUGCCCAAGCUCCCGAGAAACGAGAAGAAAUGUCAAGACGUGAUGAUCAAGACUGACCACCGCUGUCACCCAAGAGGAAACCCCGUGGACAACAGCAUGCACAGCAGCCGCGUGUUCGAGCUGUCUCUGUAGAAAGAAGCUCACUCCAAACCCCGUUGGGUCAGUGGAGAAACUCUCAGGAACUCUGUUGUAACUUGUAAGGGACCUAUUUCACCUAGCGGCCAUAUUGGUUAGUUGGGUAGUUAUUUGGAGACCAUGACAACUCAAUGCGUUGUUUCUACUUCUGCAUUCCAUUUCCCCACCAGAUUCCCCAUUGAGUUGUCAUGGUUUCCCCCCAAGAUUCUAGAGUGAAGGUUUACGGGUAGCUAGUCAAGAUGGCUGCUAGGUGAACGGUCCGUCUAACAAGGUGAAGAAUGCCAUUUUCUAUAUGAGGAGAUACAUUAAACUUACGACUUUUCUCAUGUUUAGAGAAAGAGACAAUAAUCAUAUUCUAUAUUUCUAUAAGUGUUUACACAAAAUCUAGAUGGAGCAAUUUUUAGCCUUUAGU